AUGGCCACUGUCGUCCUUGGCGCGCAAUGGGGUGACGAGGGAAAGGGCAAGCUUGUGGCAGAUAUCCUGUGCGAGAAGGCGCAGCUUUGCUGUCGGGCUCAAGGUGGAAACAAUGCAGGUAUACCGCACGUCGCCAACGGUAUCACCUACGAUUUCCACAUACUGCCGAGCGGCCUCGUCAAUCCGUCAUGCCAGAACCUCGUUGGAAGCGGCUGCGUCGUUCACGUCCCAUCGUUUUUCAAGGAGCUUGAGGCACUUAAAGAGAAGGGGCUAGAUACAACCGGCCGCAUAUACAUCAGCGACCGCGCGCAUGUGGUCUUCGACCUACACCAGCUUGUGGACGGCCUCGAGGAGGUGGAACUGGGGCAGGGCUUCAUCGGAACCACGAAGAAGGGAAUCGGCCCAACGUACUCGACUAAGAUGACUCGGUCCGGGGUCAGAAUGGCAGACCUCUUCGAUCAGAAGGGUUUCGAAACAAAGCUGCGCCGACUUGCCGACGGUUUCAAGAAGCGAUUUGGGGACCUCUUGCAGUACGAUGUCGAGGACGAAAUCGCUCGUUACAGAGAGUAUGUGCCGAAGCUCCAGGACUACGUCAUUGACCAGGUCCCGCUCGUGAAGUCUGCAAAGGAGAGCAAAGCGAUGAUUUUGGUUGAAGGCGCGAAUGCUAUCAUGCUCGAUAUCGACGCUGGAAGCUAUCCAUUUGUCACUUCCUCUAACACCGGACUGGGCGGAGUGCUCACGGGGCUGACUCUCGGCUGGCGCAACAUACGCGAGGUCAUCGGUGUCGUCAAAGCUUACACCACGCGUGUUGGAAGCGGUCCCUUCCCCACCGAACAGCUCAACGAAGUAGGAGAGAAGCUCCAGUCAAUUGGCCGCGAAUUUGGCGUCACGACAGGCCGGAAACGACGUUGCGGAUGGCUUGACCUGGUCGUCAUCAAGUACAGCCACGAGUGCAACGAUUACACCGCCCUCAACUUGACGAAGCUCGACAUCCUUGAUGAGUUCGAGGAGAUCAAAGUCGCGACGCAGUACUCGUACAAUGGCGAACCGCUCGAGUCGUUUCCUGCGAACCUCGAUAUUCUGGGCAACGUCGACAUCACCUACGAAACCUUCCCUGGCUGGCAGAAACCCACGACCGGCGCGAAGGCCUUCUACGACCUACCGCUCAACGCGCGGAAGUACAUCGAGUUCAUCGAGAAGUUCGUCGGCGUUAAAAUCAAGUAUAUUGGCACUGGGCCGGGAAGGGAAAGCAUGAUUGCAAGGCCGUAA